UUUUCUUACAACCCUCGCAACUCUAUUCAAACAUUUAUCUUGUGACUACUCUUUCUACGAUAACCCCCAAAAAAACCCAACAGGAUGAAAGUAAUUACUUCUCUAAUCUCUUCCAUUAUACUUAAAUUCAUCCACAAAGACUUCCAUGAGAUUUACGCAAGAAUGUCCCUCCUCGAUCGUUUUCUACUUCUUAUCGUCCAUGCAGUGGAUAAGAUGGUUCCAUGGCAUAAGCUUCCGGUUUUCUUGGGUUUAGCCUAUCUUGAAGCACGUAGACAUCUUCACCAAGAAUACAAUCUUCUCAACGUCGGUCAAACUCCGGUUGGAAGACGGUUUGAUCCUGCUAAUUUUCCGUACCGGACUGCUGACGGAAAAUUCAAUGAUCCGUUUAAUGAAGGCGUCGGCAGUCAAAAUACUUUUUUCGGAAGAAAUUGUCCUCCUGUCGAUCAGAAAACAAAGUUACUGAGGCCAGACCCCAUGGUGGUGGCGACGAAAUUAUUAGGAAGGAGAAAGUUUAUCGACACAGGAAAACAAUUCAAUAUGAUUGCAGCUUCUUGGAUACAAUUCAUGAUCCAUGAUUGGAUUGAUCAUCUUGAAGACACUCACCAAAUCGAGCUUGUGGCUCCAAAAGAAGUAGCGAACAAGUGUCCGUUGAGCUCCUUUAGGUUCUUCAAGACAAAGGAAGUCCCUACCGGUUUCUUCGAAAUCAAGACUGGUUCGCAAAAUAUCCGUACACCUUGGUGGGAUUCGAGUGUCAUCUAUGGAAGCAACUCGAAAACAAUGGAUAGAGUGAGAACAUACAAAGAUGGGAAAUUAAAGAUAUCGGAGGAGACGGGUCUCCUUCUCCAUGACAACGACGGCAUAGCCAUCUCCGGCGACAUUCGUAACAGUUGGGUUGGCGUCUCCGCUUUGCAAGCUCUCUUCAUCAAAGAGCACAACGCCGUAUGCGACGCCCUCAAGGAUGAGGAUAAGGAUUUGGAAGACGAAGAUUUGUACCGGCACGCGAGGCUAGUGACCUCAGCGGUGAUAGCUAAGAUUCACACCAUAGAUUGGACAGUGCAGCUUCUCAAAACCGACACUUUACUUGCUGGAAUGCGAGCAAACUGGUAUGGAGUACUAGGAAAGAAGUUUAAAGAUUCUUUCGGACAUGCAGGCAAUUCGAUCUUGGGAGGUGUCGUGGGUACGAAAAAAACUAAAAAUCAUGGAGUCCCUUACUCUCUAACCGAAGAUUUCACUAGCGUCUAUCGAAUGCACUCUCUCUUACCUGAUCAACUCCAGAUGCGUGACAUUGACGAUGUACCCGGAACUAAUAAAUCUCUACCUUACUGA